AUGAGAUCUGGAUCAGAAAGGAAUAUUUCGACCUUAUUUUGGGGUCUCAUGCUGUCUGUCUCCACGAUCUGCCUGUGGUCCGCCAAUGGAGAAAUCUGUGGCCUUCACGUCGACAUCCGAAAUGACAUCAGCGAGUUUAAGAAAUUGGAAAACUGCACGGUGGUGGAAGGAUAUCUACAGAUCCUUCUGAUUGGUGACAAAAACAGCAACCUCAACCAAGAGCAAUUCCGUACUCUCAGCUUUCCCAAGCUGACCAUGGUCACUGACUACGUCCUACUCUUCCGAGUCUCGGGCCUGGUCAGCCUCAGCACGCUUUUCCCAAACCUCAGCGUCAUCCGUGGUCGUAACCUUUUCUACAACUAUGCUUUGGUCAUCUUUGAGAUGACCAGCCUGAAGGACAUUGGCCUUUACAACCUGAGAAACAUUACACGCGGAGCUAUAAGGAUCGAGAAGAACCCGGAGCUGUGCUACCUGGACUCAGUCGACUGGUCAUUGAUCAUGGACGCGGAGUUCAACAACUUUAUCGCUGGGAACAAGAAAUCCAAAGAGUGUGCUGAUGUGUGUCCAGGCCUUAUGGAAGAUAGCCCAGAGUGCAUCAGGACCAGCUUCAACGACGUCUACAGUUACCGAUGUUGGACAUCAAACCACUGCCAGAAAGUAUGCCCAGAGAGGUGUGAAAGGAGGGCCUGUACAGAUUCGGGCGAGUGUUGCCAUCCUCAGUGUCUCGGAAGUUGCACGGAAGCAGAUAACGACAUGGCCUGUGCGGCCUGCCAGCAUUAUAACUACGAGGGUCGCUGUGUGGAGGACUGCCCGCUGGAUACCUACAAGUUCGAAGGCUGGCGCUGCAUCACCAUGGACCUGUGUAGCCAGGUCCACCUGCCCGGUGAUACUGGCUUCAUCAUCCACGAUGGUGAAUGCAUGCCUGAGUGCCCCUCAGGGUUCACCCGCAACGAAACUCAGAGCAUGUUCUGUAGUGCCUGUGAUGGCCACUGUGAUAAGAUUUGCGAGUCCAAGACCAUAGACUCCGUGGACGCGGCCCAGUCACUGCAGGGCUGUACGGUCAUUAAAGGCAGCCUCAACAUCAACAUUCGCCGAGGAAAUAACAUUGCGUCAGAGUUGGAGAGCUUCAUGGGUCUGAUCCAGACGGUGACGGGAUUUGUAAGGAUCAAACACUCUCACACACUGGGCUCGCUCUCUUUCCUCAAGAGCCUGCGCUACAUCAACGGGGAGGAGCUGUUGGACCAGAUGUAUGCUUUUUCUGCUAUUGACAACCAAAACCUACAGUAUCUGUGGGACUGGACCCAGCAUAACCUCACCAUUAAAGCCGGGAAGUUGUUUUUCCGCUUCAACCCUAAGCUCUGCAUGUCCGAGAUCAGCAAGAUGUGGGAGAAGACGGGCGUGGUUGAAAAAAUGGAAGAAGACGAUGCUCGUAACAAUGGAGAGAGAGCUAGCUGUGAGAGUCAUAUGUUGAAGUUCAAGUCAAACAGCACUAUGAGUAAUCGGAUCAAGAUCACCUGGGAACGUUAUUGGCCUGAUGAUCCCAGAGACCUCAUCAGCUUCAUCGUGUACUAUAAGGAAGCACCAUUCCAGAACAUUACAGAGUUUGACGGACAGGAUGGAUGCGGCUCCAACAGUUGGAACAUGGUAGACAUUGACCCUCCUCGGGACAGAAACGUUGACCCAGGGGUGCUUCUGUCUCCCCUGAAGCCCUGGACUCAGUAUGCUAUUUUUGUGAAAGCCAUCACCUUGUUCUUGGAGGGCAAACAUAAUCUUGGAGCAAAGAGUGAGAUUGUGUACAUUCGCACCAAAGCUUCCGAACCCUCGAUGCCUCUGAAUGCCCGUGCGUACGCUAACUCCUCCUCGUCACUGGUGGUGAAAUGGUCUCCACCUGUAUGGCCCAAUGGGAACCUGACCUUCUACUUGCUCCGCUGGCAACAGCAGCCAGAGGACAGAGAACUCUACCAGCACAACUACUGUUCCAAAGAAUUGAAGAUUCCCAUCAGAAUCACAGCAGCUCGUGUGUCAGACAUGGAGGAGGACACCAAGCCCACUAAGCCAGAUGCUGGUGGAGGUGAAAAGGGCCCCUGUUGUCCCUGUCCCAAAACCAAGGAAGCCCUGAAGGCUGAGUCAGAGGAUCGCUCCUACCGCAAAGUGUUUGAGAACUUCCUUCACAACUCCAUCUUCACCCCCAGACCCCCAGACCGCCGACGUAGAGACUUGUUCGGGGUGGCCAAUGGCACGUUGGCACGAGCCAUGGGGAGAAACAGCACAGGACUGGAGAGCAACUUCACUGAUCCAGACCUGCUGGACAGAGAGUACCCGUUCUCUGAGGGCACCACCCAGGCAGAGUUCAUAGAGAUCCUCAACCUCCAACCUUUCACCGUCUACCGUAUUGACAUCCACGCCUGCAACCGUGAGGUGAAACGCUGUAGUGCGGCUGCUUUUGUGUUCUCCAGGACCAUACCUGCUGAAAAAGCUGAUGAUAUCCCAGGCCCUGUGAUCCAGGAGAAGGAUGAACGCUCUGAGGGCUCUGUGAUUUUGAGGUGGCCUGAACCUCAUCAUCCCAACGGCCUUGUCCUCAUGUACGAAAUCAAAUUCCGCCUGGGCACAGAGCCUGAGAAACACGAGUGUGUGUCCCGCCAGCACUACCGUGAACUAAGAGGAGCUCGCCUGGCUAACUUGGGUUCUGGAAAUUACACGGCCUGGGUUCGUGCUACCUCGCUCGCUGGGAAUGGAUCCUGGACCGAGCCUGUUUCCUUCUAUGUGGAACCACCCAAACGAGAAUACGAUCCUAUUUAUCUUGCCAUCUUCGUUCCGAUCACAGUGCUGCUCAUUCUAGUCAGUCUCAUCAUUGCUGCUGUCUUUGUCAACAAAAAGAGAAACAAUGAUAGAUUGGGGAACGGCGUGCUCUAUGCAUCGGUCAACCCUGAAUAUUUUAGCGCGGCUGAGAUGUACGUACCUGAUGAGUGGGAGGUGCCCAGGGAAAAGAUUACCAUGUGCCGAGAGUUGGGCCAGGGCUCCUUUGGAAUGGUUUAUGAGGGUAUAGCGAAGGGCGUGGUCAAGGAUGAACCUGAAACACGGGUGGCCAUCAAGACAGUGAAUGAAUCGGCCAGCAUGCGCGAACGCAUCGAGUUUCUCAACGAAGCGUCUGUUAUGAAGGAGUUCAACUGUCACCACGUGGUCCGACUGCUGGGUGUGGUCUCGCAAGGUCAGCCCACACUGGUGAUCAUGGAGCUGAUGACUCGUGGAGAUCUGAAAAGCCACCUGCGUUCUCUUCGCUCCAAAGACCAAGGUUCGUCCAGCCAGAAUCUGCCCCCGCUGAAGAAGAUGAUUCAGAUGGCUGGGGAGAUUGCGGACGGUAUGGCAUACCUCAACGCCAACAAGUUUGUCCACAGAGACCUGGCUGCCAGGAACUGCAUGGUGGCUGAGGACUUCACUGUCAAAAUUGGAGACUUUGGCAUGACGCGGGACAUCUACGAGACGGAUUACUAUCGGAAAGGAGGCAAAGGGCUACUGCCAGUCCGCUGGAUGUCCCCGGAGUCCUUAAAAGAUGGCGUGUUCACCACAAACUCCGAUGUCUGGUCGUUUGGUGUGGUACUGUGGGAGAUCGCCACCCUGGCUGAGCAGCCGUAUCAGGGUAUGUCUAACGAGCAGGUGCUGCGUUUUGUCAUGGAGGGCGGACUACUGGACAAACCAGACAACUGUCCAGACAUGCUAUUCGAGUUGAUGCGGAUGUGCUGGCAGUAUAACCCUAAGAUGCGCCCCUCAUUUCUGGAGAUCAUCAACAGUAUAAAGGAGGAACUGGAGCCUCCCUUUAAGGAGGUGAGCUUUUUCUACAGUGAGGAGAACAAGCCCCCUGACACAGAGGAACUGGACAUCGAGGUGGAGAAUAUGGAGAAUGUUCCAUUGGACCCUACUUCCACCCGUCAGCCACCGACCACGGCUCCCUCGUCCCAGGGGACGGCGGGUGUCGGUUCUCAGACCCCCCAGCAGUUACCCUCAGCUCAGGGCCCCGGGACGCCGCUUGGGCCUGCUUCUCCCUCCACAACCCCAUCUUCUUGUUCAGCAUCUCCAGGCCUGGCCUUGGACAAACACUCAGGACAAGUGGCGGCCAACGGACCUGUGGUGGUGCUGGGACCCACGUUUGACGAAACGCAGCCAUACGCGCACAUGAACGGAGGGCGCAAGAAUGAGAGAGCCCUGCCACUGCCCCAGUCCUCGGCCUGCUGA